AAAUAAAACUGAAAAUUCAUUUGGAAUUGUUUUGAUCGGGACAAUUCAUUCAUUGAACAACGUUGACUUGUUUUCAUAGUAGUAGAAAGUAUGAGUCGAGAGCUUGAACAACCAAAAGAUUGGAUUUCCUCCUUUAGCAAACAAGAAUGGAAAACACCUGCAGUUGCUGUUGCAGGCACUUUAGCUUCCUUGGGUCUUAUUCGAUUGUACUCUAAUGGCCCUGUCUAUCGAAAAACGGUUAACCUGAAAGGAAAAGUAGUCGUUGUUACUGGUGCCAAUACGGGCAUUGGAAAGGAAACUUGUAUUCAGUUGGCGAAAAUGGGCGCCACCAUAGUGAUGGCUUGUCGAGACUCUUCAAGAGCACUCAAAGCAAAAGAACAAGUUGUAAAACUAUCCAAAAACGAGGAUAUAGAUAUCAUUCGGUUAGAUUUAAGUGAUUUAUCUUCCGUUCGUCAAUUUGUUUCCGACUUUUGCAAGAAAUAUUCCCGACUGGAUAUUUUAUUUUGUAAUGCAGGGGUUAUGGCUUUACCCAAAAGAGAAACAACCAAAGACGGUUUUGAGAUGCAAUUCGGAGUCAAUCAUUUGGGACAUUUCCUGUUGACCAA